UGUGCGUGUGUGUACAGGUCUGGCCAUAUAUGUGCAGACCACAUUUGUUUUUAAAUGUAUGUCCUGAAAAUAUAUUGAAAUCUGUUUAUGAAAGUGAAUGUGACAGUAUAUUUAAAGUGCAAUGUUUGCGUAAAGACUGAACUGGAUUUAAGGGAAUGUGUACCGUGAGAGACUGGAAAGUGUUUUGUGAGAGAGGGGAAGUGAGCAUUGUUCCAGCGGAGAGAGAUUGAGGAAAACACAGAUCCUGAGAAAGUCCAGAAGAAUUUCAGAGGGAAUCUAAAGCAGACACGAGAGCCAGCUGGUGUUGAGUGUCAGGGGACAGCAUGGCUCCUCGUCCAUCAUCGGGAGAGUUAUGGGGGCUACACCUGAUGCCUCCUCGUAUCCUGGUGGACUGCUGUCUUCCCAAUGGCAUUCUGGUUAGUUUGGAGUGUUUGAGAGAGGCACCGCUGACCAGCAUAAAACAACAGCUGUUUAGUGAAGCUCGCAAAUACCCCCUCUACCACCUGCUGCAGGAAGAGUCAUGCUACAUCUUUGUGGGUGUGACACAGGAAGCAGAGAGGGAGGAGUUCUACGAUGAAACUAGACGACUGUGUGAUCUACGACUCUUUCACCCCAUCCUGAAGGUCAUUGAGCCACUGGGAAACCGAGAGGAAAAAAUACUUAAUAGGGAGAUUGGUUUUGCUAUUGGAAUGCCCAUCUGUGAGUUUGAAUUGGUGAAGGACCCGGAGGUUCAGGACUUCCGGCGGAACAUUCUGAGCGUUUGCAGGGAGGCGGUGGAGGAGCGCGAAGGAGGAGGUGCUCACACGCAGGCGCUGUACGUCUACCCCCCAAACGUGGAGUCAUCACCUGACCUACCAGAACACAUCUACAGCAAACUCGACAAAGGUCGUCUGAUUGUGACAAUCUGGGUGAUCGUGUCUCCGUCCAACUCAAAGCAGAAGUACACGCUAAAGAUCGCACACGACUCGCUCCCAGAGCAGCUCAUCGCUGAAGCCAUCCGCAAGAAGACGCGCAGCAUGCAUCUGUCUGCGCAGCAGCUGCGUCUGUGUGUGCAGGAGUAUCAGGGACAGUACAUGCUGAAAGUUUGUGGAUGUGAUGAGUAUUUCCUGGAGAAAUAUCCCCUCAGCCAAUAUAAGUACAUCAGGAGUUGUAUCACACUGGGUCGUCUCCCUCACCUGAUGUUGGUCAGUAAGGACAGUUUGUACAGUCAACUUCCUGCCAGUGGAUUCAUGGCUCCAUCCUACAGCCGUCGCACGCCUCAGCCGAGUCCGUGUCCUGGCGGGGGAGACCCGGGAUCUUCACGCUCGCUCUGGGCUUUUAACACACACCUGCGAGUACGACUGCUGUGCGCUACAUAUGUCAACGUCAACAUCAGAGACAUAGACAAGAUCUAUGUCAGGACAGGUAUAUAUCAUGGAGGAGAACCGCUGUGUGACAACGUCAAUACUCAGAGAGUGCCCUGCUCCAACCCCAGGUGGAAUGAAUGGCUGUCGUAUGACAUUUUUCUGACAGACGUCCCUCGCUCUGCUCGACUCUGUCUGUCCAUCUGUUCUGUAAAGGGUCGCAAGGGUGCGAAAGAGGAGCAUUGCCCGCUGGCGUGGGGAAACAUCAAUCUCUUUGACUAUAAAGAUACUCUGGUCAGCGGUAAAGUGGCUUUGGGCUUGUGGCCGGUCCCUCACGGUCUGGAGGAUCUUCUCAAUCCGAUCGGAGUUUCCGGAUCAAACUCAAAUAAAGAAACGCCGUGUGUAGAGCUGGAGUUUCCCUGGUUUAAUCAGACCGUUGUGUUUCCUGAUGACCAGCAGAUAGAGGAACAUGCAAACUGGAGCAUCUCUCGUGAGCUGGGCUACAGCUACUGUCUGGGACUGAGCAGUCGUCUGGCGUGUGACAGCACCAUAUCGCAGGCAGACGCAGAGCAGCUGCGCACACUGUGCAGUCGAGAUCCUCUGUAUGAACUCUCAGAACAAGAGAAAGAUUUCCUGUGGAGACACAGACAUUACUGUGUGAAUAUUCCAGAAAGUCUUCCAAAACUGCUGCUGUCUGUCAAAUGGAACUCACGGGAUGAAGUGUCACAGAUUUACUGUCUGCUGAAGGAUUGGCCAUUGAUGGAGCCUGAAUCUGCUCUGGAACUUCUGGACUGUAACUUUCCUGAUCCGAUGGUCCGUGAGUUUGCGCUGCGCUGCCUCAUUCAGGGUCUCACAGAUGACAAACUCAGUCAGUACCUGCUGCAGCUUGUACAGGUACUGAAAUAUGAGAUGUAUCUGGAUAACCCGUUAGCUCGUUUCCUGAUCAAGAAAGCUCUGACCAAUCAGAAGAUUGGCCAUUUCUUCUUCUGGCAUCUCAAAUCAGAGAUGCAUAAUAAAACCGUAUCGCGGAGGUUUGGACUUCUGUUGGAGGCCUUCUGUCGGGCGUGUGGCAUGUACCUCAAACAUCUCAACAGGCAGGUGGAGGCCAUGGACAAACUGGUGAACCUCACAGAUACUCUCAAGCAAGAGAAGAAAGAUGAGACACAGAAGACUCAGAUGAAGUUCUUGGUGGAGCACAUGUCCCGCCCAGAUUACAUGGAGGCACUGCAAGGGUUUGUUUCUCCUCUAAACCCUGUUCACCAACUGGGAAAUCUCAGGUUGGAGGAGUGUCGUAUCAUGUCUUCAGCAAAGAGGCCACUGUGGUUAAACUGGGAGAAUCCAGAUAUCAUGAGCGAGCUGCUCUUCACCAAUAAUGAGAUCAUCUUUAAAAAUGGAGAUGAUCUACGUCAGGACAUGCUAACGCUACAGAUCAUUAAAAUUAUGGAAAAUAUCUGGCAGAAUCAAGGGCUGGACCUGCGAAUGCUGCCGUACGGCUGUUUGUCUAUUGGUGACUGUGUCGGUCUUAUUGAAGUGGUGAAGAACUCUCAUACCAUCAUGCAGAUUCAGUGUAAAGGUGGACUGAAGGGGGCGCUACAGUUCAACAGUAACACACUUCACCACUGGAUCAAAGAGAAGAACAAAGGAGAGGCUUAUGACAGAGCCAUUGAAUUAUUCACACGCUCAUGUGCUGGAUACUGUGUGGCAACUUUUAUUCUGGGUAUUGGAGACCGACACAACAGCAACAUCAUGGUGAAGGAAAAUGGACAGCUCUUCCACAUUGACUUUGGUCACUUCCUGGAUCAUAAAAAGAAGAAGUUUGGAUAUAAACGAGAACGAGUUCCUUUCGUCCUCACACAGGACUUCUUGAUUGUCAUCAGUAAGGGUGUGCAGGAGUGUACCAAGACCAAAGAUUUUGAGAGGUUUCAGGAGAUGUGUUAUAAAGCGUACCUGGCCAUCCGUCAGCACGCCAGUCUCUUUAUCAAUCUCUUCUCAUUGCUGUUGGGUUGCGGUAUGCCCGAGCUGCAGAGCUUUGAUGACAUCGCAUAUCUGCGCAAGACGCUCGCUCUAGAGAAGAACCAGCAGGACGCGCUGGAGUAUUUCACCAAACAGAUGAACGAUGCCCAUCAUGGAGGAUGGACAACCAAGAUGGACUGGAUAUUUCACACCAUCAGACACAUGCCUAAUGAACACUGACACACACACACAGACAGACCUUAGCAGCUCUACUGUUAGCAUCAUGAGAAUUUAGCUGUAGGGUCAUUUUUGCUGUACAGUACCAAGUGUCAGAUUGAUCUGUAAAGUCUCUUCUGAUGUCACACGUUGAAGGAUGCAGAAUACAGAAUGCGAUUCGGCGGUUUAUUCUGUUAUGCAUUAUACCAUGGUGGUCUGUCUGAAUACUUGACUCUGAUUGGCUCAAAGGUGUGCAACAAAACCGUUUAAUGUACAGGUAGUUUCUGUCAAUUUAAUCAACAUUUUAAAUGAAUUCACUACCUAUAAACAUCGGUAACCAUAGUAACAGCUGUUGGUUAUACCCGUCUAAUGAAGAACGUCAUGUAGAUAUCAGGGAGAUAAACUGAAAAUAAUUGAAGUGUAAUAUAUCAGAAGAGCUUGCGGUCAAACCCAAUUUAAACAGUAAAUACAUGGACACACAAUAAGGUCUCCACAAACACACACUGACACUGUGACAAACCGCUGAAGUGCUUUAAAAAGCGACAGGAAAUUUCCCCAGUAACACACAAAGGCUCAUGGGAAACCACUGCAGAGCUGUGAGAGCGACAGAAACGCUUGUGACUGUGAGAUUGAUAUCUGGAGAUCUUCCUUCAGGGUGUCGAUGAUCAGGAACUCUUCUGAAGAGUUUACGUUUCUCCUCAGGGUCUCAAAGGUCAAGCUUUGAUUGACACUGCCACCUUAAAACCAAAUGGGACGAGAUGUCAUAUCAACAUUGUUUCCCAGAAUGCACUGCAGCUCAGAGCAGCUGAUUUUUAUAGUCUUCCACAGAAUAGUUAACUCUUGUUAUAGUAAAAGAGAAAAUGUGACAUCGUUAUUUAAGAAAUUGUAAAAAACCUGCCAAUUUAAAUCUCUGCGACUUACAAUCAGCCAGAAUCUGUGAAGAUGCUGCGAGAUUACAAUCUAGAAAUCAUCCAGUCACUUUGACUUUAUGAGCGCCCUGUCAUUUUAUUCAACUGAAGGAUUGUUGAGACGAUCUGAUCGCAUCAGACAUUAUUAUAAGUUACAGAGGAGGAUCACAGUCGUGCGUUAUAAAGGAAACUGAAAGCAUGCGGACGUUGAUGUUCUGGUGAAUUACAAACAUUGUGAAAUGAUACCAUAAAUAACUCUUCUCAUGACUGCUGUAAGGCUUAUAAAUGUGAUUUAUUUGCAUGUUUCUGACAAAUCUGACCUGCAAUAACAUACAUGAUCUGAAAAUAUCACUGUACUGUAAUUUUGAUUAAACUUGAUCAAACUGAUGUUCAGGUUCAGGGUCCAGUCAGGAGUUUUGUUCGUUUGUUGUUUUGUGAGGUUUUGUUUAAUAAACUGUUUUUAUAUGUUGGGGUAUUUCUGUACAUCUUGUGAAUUAAUUUUGCUCCUGUAAUGAAAACGACAUUCAUCCUAACUAAAUAAAGUGUGAAAAUCGGUAUGUUUAAACAAAAGUAUUUCCAAAACCUCUGCAUACAAAACAGUGGGUGAGGAAUACCCAGAUGAUGCGCUGCUUCUUGUAUGAUUUCUCAGUAUCCCUGUGUCCAAAAUAAGUACUGAAUUACUCAUUGACCGUUAAACAGUACUUUCUUCUAUAAAAUAUGAAUAUGAGUAAGUUAGUGUGAAUGAAUUUGGGUUGUACUACAUCAGCCAUGUUGAUGGGAUGUACGUCAUCAUAACAACAGGUGAGCCGUUAACUUGGAUGAUAAACAUCAAACGUGACAAAAGUUGAUAUUCUUUCUCAAUACUCCUUUUUCAUGUCAUGUUUGUGAGUCUUGCUUCAG